AUGCGAUUAUCUCAGUAUCGCAGGAAAACCCUAGUUUUACUGGGUGCCCAUGGUGUUGGACGGAGGCACAUAAAGAAUACUCUCAUACACAGACAUCCCGGUCAAUUCGCCUAUCCAAUACCACAUACGACGAGACCACCAAGAAAGGACGAAGUUGCUGGCAAACACUACUUCUUUGUUUCAAACGAUCAGAUGCUAGGUGACAUUCAAAAUAAUGAAUACCUGGAGUACGGUACACACGAGGAAAGUGAGUGA